AUGAGCCUUGCAUUGAACUCCAGCCUGGACGGGCGCGAUGCUUUCAGUGGGCGGCCGGGGCCAGACCCCGCCGGCAACGAGAGCAUCGCGCUGCGAGAAGCGGCAGAAAACGACCUGGACGUGGACACGGAUGUCUAUUCCAAAGUGGUGGUCACGCUGAUUUACAUCGGCCUCUUCGUGCUGGGCUCGCUCGGGAACUUUAUCACCAUGUAUACUCUGAUGAAGAAGAAGAAUACUCUGCAGCACUUGCAGGGCACCGUGAACUACCACCUGGCCAACCUGGCUCUGUCCGACCUCCUCAUCCUGUUGCUCUGCAUGCCAAUCGAGCUCUACAACUUUAUCUGGGUCCACCACCCCUGGGCCUUCGGCGACGCCGUGUGCCGGGGUUAUUACUUUCUCCGCGACGCCUGCACAUACGCCACGGCUCUCAACAUCAGCAGCCUGAGCGCCGAGCGCUAUAUGGCCAUCUGUCACCCGUUCAAAGCCAAGACCCUCAUGUCCAGCAGCCGCACCAAGAAGCUGAUCUCCCUCAUCUGGCUGUUGUCCUUCCUGCUCGCCACCCCUAUGCUCUUUACUAUGGGAGAGAAAUACGCCAAUCCCGUCCCGGAUCCGGAUGAAUUGAUCUGCACCACUAUCGUGGACGAAGUGACUGUCAAAACCGUCAUCCAGGUAAACGCAUUCCUCUCCUUUGUCAUCCCCAUGGUAAUGAUCUCAGUCUUGAACACCAUCAUCGCCAACCAGCUGAUAGCAAUCUUAAAGCAGGCGGCUCCAGAGAGCGGGGUGUGCAUCGUCGAGGGCCAGCAAAACACACUGAGCAUUGUGGUGGAGCCAAGCCGGAUCCAAUCCCUUCGUCAUGGAGUCAAAGUUCUCAGAGCCGUGGUCAUUGCCUUUGUGGUCUGUUGGCUUCCGUAUCACAUACGACGUCUCAUGUUCUGCUAUGUGCCCAAACACCACUGGACAGAAUUUCUCUAUGAUUUCUAUCAUUACUUCUACAUGGUGACAAACAUCCUCUUCUAUGUCAGCUCCGCCAUCAACCCUAUCCUGUACAACUUGGUCUCUGCAAACUUCAGACAAAACUUCUUCUCCACGCUCAGCUCCUACUGCCUUCUCAGGCAACCAAAGCCCAAGACUCGUGCAAUUAGCAGAAAGUCAAAUAGUAUUUCCAGCAAUCAUACUUACUCCAACGUUCUCACCAAAGAAACAAUGUACUAACAGAUAAUAAUUAAAUUCAAAUAGUUAAUGAAGAAAUUCAGAAGAUUGGUAAUUACUGACAUGAAUUUUGGAGAACUAAGAUAUUCUCCAAAUUAUGUAAUUACAUUUUUUCCUAAAUAAUGGGAUGUUAUUAUUAGAAUACAUUUGUACAAUUUGAAAGGCAAUUUCUUGGAGUUUCCAAUCAAUCAGUGUUUUUCUUUUUACAGCAUAGAGCACAUGUGUGUAAAUGAUCACAGGAUUACAGGUGCAAUAGACAGUUGCCAUGGAUUCUGCAAACUUUGCUCAAGUUCAAUAGACAUACACUAAAGCUCUAUUUAUCUGGCAUGCUCAGGACUAGGGUGGUGCUGAUGAGCAGGUAUUUUGGACUAUUGGAUGUAUUCCAACACUUAAUACACUUUCAAUUUAAGACGCAAAGUGCUGGACUAACU